GUUUGUAGCUUGUGCUCAGUAGUUAAUGGACUAUGCAGAAGAAACACAAAAUGCUGGGCACAAUGUGUUUGACAGAUAUUUCGGAUUUGUCACAUAACUCGUUCUCGUAUGUUCGAGAAAAAUCAUCAUCGGCAAUUAGUGAACUUCACUGGGACAGCCCUGAGACUAUAAAUAUGGACCCAACUCCGUGGUCACCUUACAGCCAGCAGCCAUAUUCUCACCUGAGCAGUGGAUCACCACAUCUUCCAUCAUCUGCUCCUCAUGAAGAAUCACUGAAUAAUUAUGGGAGUGGGAACUCUAACCCACUGCUCAUGUCAUCGUGUCAUCAAGGAAUAACACCAUUGUCAUCAAGAACAAACAUUGAUCCUCCACCUCCACCUGCAUUGCCAAACUCAAACUAUGAUGCUCUUAUAUCCCCUCCGGCACCUAAUACUAAAGAAACAACUGAUUUUUUUAGCGAGACUUUAUUUAAUGGAGUCUGCAAAGAAAAUCAGUCUGGAAUACGUAAUUUUAUACAGACGCAGGUUUCUGCAUCUCGAACUGAAGGAAAUAAUUUUCCUGCUUCUGAGAGCAUUACUGGAUAUACAGGUCAAGUGCCAUCUAUUUCUUUUCCUCCUAAUAUUGAUCGUCCUUCCCCUGGUCCGUUUGGUGUGCUCCCACAUGAAGCUGUAAUGACCCGCCCAGGUCGGUUUGAGAGGAAUAAUGAAAAGUUUAUCUCUCCUGUCUCAAAAACUGCAUCUGCAUCAUAUAACAAUGGGCCUUAUACAGAACGUGAUGUGACUAGCAUUUAUUCCUCUGCUCCACUCUCGGCGCAGUCUGCUUUCUCGGGUGAUAAUACUUCUCAUUCUCCUGCUGUUAACUCUGUCACUUCCCCUACUAUAUCUAAUUUUUCAUCACCAAAUGAAUAUUAUUCCAGUCCAAAAACAAAUUUUGGAGCUUAUAAUAGUUUACAGAGCCCAGUGCCUCAAAGUCCUUCUGUGGCUCAUUCGUACCCCUCCUCCCCAUUUGCAAAUGUUGAUCCUGUUAGUCAUAUUCCUUCAGCUACACCAUGUUCACCUAUGAAUGGUGGAACUUACGUGAAUAACUUGAACGCAGUUCCUCAGAGGAAUGGCCAGAAAGCACAGCAUAGCCCAAGUAAUAGCGGUGCUAAUAAUGUCAUGUGUUAUAACACUCCACAGUCACAAAACAUGGUUCACCAUGGACCACAGUCGGUGUUAUCUAAAACACCUGAUUAUCAUUCCGACUAUGUCUUUGCACAUGAUCAUAAUACGCCAUCAUAUUCAUCAGUGUAUCCACCCAUUCAUCCUGGUCAAAUGAGCAGUGGAAACAGUGCAAGGAUAUCUCCAAGGACGCAUUCUCAACAUCUUAAUUCUAUGUCUCAUGAUAGCAGAAUGCAGUAUGGACAUUCUGCUGCAUUAUCAUCAGCUUCGGUAACAAAUCCAUCUUACUUACAAAAUAAAAUUAGUCAUGAAGCCCCUUAUGGAGCUUGUUCUUCCAGUAUUCCACCUGGGCAAUCCAUGCAUCCUCCCAGGUAUCCGUCAUGUUCAUCUGCAAUGAAUACACUAAGAAACAAUUCAAUACACCCAAAUCCUUCGAUGAUUCCCAAUCACAUGGGAGGGGACCAGCAAUUUGGUUAUCCAUCAGCUGACAUAGAUGAUAAAAAUGCACUAGAUAUAUUCAACUCUCAUGUUGAUUCUGGAGCUCAUAAUCAUGACAGUUCCAUUUCCAAUUUUUUGGAAAAUGAUGACCUUAAAAUAUUAGAUGCAGAUACAGACAUGUUGACCAACAGGCAGCUGAAGCCUCCAGAGCCAGAUGAAACUCGUCAGAAUUGCUCUGGUAGUCUGGACACUCCGAACAGAAAUGUAGUACCUCAUCCUUCUGUUUCUAAUGCAUCUCAGACUAAUGAAAUAUCAUCAGUCAAUAUGAAUUAUUCAUAUAAUUCAUGUAGAGAGCAACCUAUUAGGCCUGGAAACCUCUUAUUUCAUUCUCCUAGGAGAAGAGGACGGCGAGGUAGAAGAAGAAAAGCAGAUAGUGGCAAUAUGUGUACUAGGUUUCAGUCAUUCAAAAAUGACCGCAAUGUUUAUAAUAAUGGCUAUCCUAUGCCGCCAUCAAAAAUUUUAGAUUAUGGAAAUGUAGACUGUUAUACUGCUUAUCCCAAACGAUUGUGUGACCAGAAAGAAUUACCACCGGUGAACUAUCCUUUAUCAAGAUAUAGAUCUGAAUUGAAAAUGAAUGAGAAUCAAAAGAAACCACUUCCAGUUUCAAAACCUGUUGAAAGUAUAGAGCAGGAAUUAGCAUUCUUAGCAGAACUUCAGUUUCCAGAUGAAGGUGAGAGAGAUGCUCCACAUACUUUCAUGAAAACUAGAAACAAAGAUAUUGAUGGAUUUUUGCAGUGUUAUAAAAACUUUCUAGCCAACAGAAAGGUGAAACCCGAUUCAGAAGUAGAAUCGGGCUCGCCAGAGAAUAAUAAUAAAGCAAAGAAUGAUUAUAUCAAUAAAGAGCAUAAAGAUCAUAAACACAAAAGCCACAGAACUCUUCCUAAACUUAUAAUUAAAAUGGGGCGAUGCAAUAAUCCUGGGGAGUGGCGUUUAACCGAAUCCUAUCCAGAAAAAGUCUCUGAUAGUGAUGGAAGUGCCUCUGAAAAUUCAGAUGUUGUGUUAUCUAGUCAUAAAUCUAAGCAAGAUAAUUGUGAGAAAAGCAGACGUUUGAAACUUACAGGUAAAUUAAAUAAGGUAUCAGAAAGGUUUUCAAAGCAUAGUGCCAAGAGAAAAAAUGACUCUGUUGAUCAUAGUGAUAAAUAUAAUGACCUCAGAGAAAACCAUCUCCAUUUCACUAACUCUGAAACUCUUCCGGCAGGCAAGCUGAAAAUAAAGACAGAAAUAGACACAUCACUACAGUGUGAUGAGCAGCUGCCUAACAUGCCAAAAAAGCGUGGAAGGAAAGCUAAGAAACCACCAGCAGUAAAAACAGAUGCAAAAAAGAGAAAAUCAUCUGUUAAAUCACCAGAUCCCAUUAACAACUUGGCUAUUACUAUUAAGCAAGAGAUCAUAGAAGAAGUUGCUUUCGAAAGUUCAAGACGAUCUUCUCUCCGAUCGAGGAAAAAUGAAUCAACUUUAAAGGAAGUAGAAGCUGGACCUUCAAUUAAAAAAGAACCAAUUGAGCUUAGUGAUGAUGAAGUUGACAUUAUAGAUGAUUCGGACUCUGAUCCCGCAUGGACACCAUCUUCUAAAACUCCGAAGGCUACAGACCAUAUAAAAUCCCACGGUAUUCAGUCUGUGGUUAAAAAACGUGGGCCUAAGGUAGGAGGGCGAAGAAGUUCAGCUGGUAAUGCCCCGGCUGCAAAGAGGGAAAGAAAGAAAUCACGUGAAUCUCAGCCAAGAAAGACUUCAACAGAAAAAUCUGUACCUGCCACUGUUUGUAAGAAAGAAAUAUUAGAACCUGUCGUAAGAGUGAGAAAAGAAAAGGAACGAUUUCUAGUAGCCAAAGCUGACAUAAAUGAACCAACACCAUUUCUAUGGAGAGUGGAUAAAGAAACUAAUAUGCUUCAACGUUUUGAGUGGUUUGAACAGGAUGGCUUGCUUCUGUAUCGCAGUACUUACACUUAUGCAGCUUGGAAUGAAAUAUCAUUUUCAAACUAUGUGACAGCCAAUGUGAAGAUUGUAUCGCAUAAUCGUGUAGUAUUUAUAGUGGAAUACUUAGGUCCUGCAGUGAAUGAACCUGUUGAAGAAUUUCCAGAUGAAAAUGUAACUGCCCCUCCUGACCCCUUAAGAGAUAAUUUUGAAGUCUUCCUACAAACACUCAUCAGUCAAGCUCUGGAUCCGAAUUUUCUGUCUGAAAUAACCAAUGAAAAUGAUGAAUACUUCCUAAGUAACAUCAAGGAAAUCGAGCAAGUGAGUGAAGCUAAGAAAUCAACUUUAUUGAAAGAUACAUGGGAUGAAGAAUUACAAAAAUGUGCAAAUACUUACCCGUGUCUGAACAUUUUGGACAGUAUUACAAAUGAAAUGAAAUGUCAGGUAUGUGACAAGGAAAAUGGAAUUAAAUUGCUUCAGUUUUAUGGACAACCCUACGACUUGACAACACUAGGAUCGGUUGAAAUGCCUUUAGCUACUAAAACCCAAUUUAAUGCCUGCUGCAGGUGUUCUGCCACAGUUUCUCUGUAUAAUCGCUUACAUCAUCAGAAGUACAAUUUUUUCAUAAAGUGUCGUACAAAGAUGAAUGAAGUUAAAGGAGAUAGUGAAAAAAUUGAGUCACAUGUUUUAUUGGAGGACUGUCUGCAGGAUCAUGCCUGGGUCAAUACUCUUUAUAGCGAACUUGAGCAAACGUGGAGGGAGUGCGAAGAAAAGAGCUGACAGAUCAUUACCCCUCGAAAUACUGGUCCUUCGGAGUUCACUCGUAGCCGAACUGCACGAAUGUGAACUGUGGACUCAUCAAUAUGGCUGUACUCCCCUGACUAAACUGCCAUCAAGCUAUUGUAUAUUAUGUUACAUCAUGUCAGCAUUUUUUGCAUUUAAGAGUCAUCUUCCUUUUAAAAACGAUCAUAUUUCACUGGCGUUGAACUUGCAUUUUAUAGAAUAAUCUAUAUAUAUAAAUAUAUAUACUUUCGCAGCUGGACUUCUAUUCUUGCAGUGUUAAGAAGAACUUGUAUUUGCUGGUGAUAUAUAAACCAUUCGUUUAUCGACCUGUACAUUAUCAUAAAAUCUUUGUUUAAUGUUUUUGUCCUCAGGUACUGUGUUUGAACGUUACUGUAAAUUGUUUGAGUUUUAGGCUUCUUAAUUAUACAUCUGUUUUCAGAUUUGAACUAUACUUAUGUUGAUGGCAUGCAAAGUUCUGUUCUAAAAAUACGUUUAACUUAUUUUUAAUUCAAAAAUUGUGUCGAAAUAUAAAAGUAAUUUUGAUAUUUAGCAAAGGGAUUGCUGUACAGUAAAAAGUUACUAUCUGUGUAUGUACAGAAAAAGUUUUAAAUGCCAAAACAAACCAUGGCAUAAAGUGGUUCCACUUUUUGUUUCAAAGUGUUUGACUGUUGAAAAUUUUAUUAAAAUAUUAUCUGUAUAAAAUAA